AUGUCGAUUUCUGUAGAUGUUCCUGCCGCCGGUGCCUUCGAAAUCCCUUUGACUGCUUCGAGCACUGCGGCUGACGUGAUAUUGCUUCUCCGUGAGCGUUUGCCAGACUGUCCAUGGCAUGGCAACAAGAUGCUUUCCUAUGGAGUUUGCCAGCUGCAGUGCAAUGACUCUGUUCAGGCGGCCAACCACAGCACUUUGGUCUUCACAAACUAUUCGGAGAUCAGCAACAAGGAGGCCUGCUCCAUCCCAGACACGGCCGAGCGCGGAAUCACUCGAGAGCAAUUGGUGAAAGUGGUUCGUUUCGUCUCGAAGAUGGCUGACAGAUGUUGCGAAACCUUUGGGGAAGAUCAUGGGACAAAGCUGAAGUUUGAAGACUUCAACUUAUAUCAUGCUGAUUAUUGGCUCAUAAAGCCAGCCACCCAAGGCUAUCAGGACAAGGGAUGCAGUUUGGUGGAGGUUAUGGCAGUAGAAGCUCAGAGACCUCAUUGGUUUGUGUCCCACGCCUGGAUUGAGCCUUAG